GCUGCUGCUGCCCCCCGCCGCUGCCGCUGCUCCGCCGCCUGCCUCCUCUUCCAAUGCAGCCGCGACCAUGACAGGCAUCGCCGCUGCUUCUUUCUUUUCCAACGCUUGCAGGUUCGGGGGCUGCGGACUCCACUUCGACUCUCUGGCCGAGCUCAUCGUGCACAUCGAGGACAACCACAUCGAUACAGACCUCCGACUUCUGGAGAAGCAGGAGCAGCAGCAGCCGACAUAUGUUGCCCUCAGCUACAUUAACAGGUUCAUGACAGAUGCUGCGCGGCGAGAACACGACGCCCUGAAGAAGAAGGCGCAGCCCAAGUUGUCCCUCUCGCUGACAGGAAGUCUGUCUCGCAGCAGCGUUUCCACUCCGCCUCGCCACACCAGUGGAAACCUCACGCCUCCAGUCACCCCGCCCAUCACGCCUUCCUCCUCCUUCCGCAGCAGCACGCCGACAGGUAGCGAGUGUGAUGAAGAGGACGUGGACUUUGAGGAGUCGGACAGUGAUGAAUCGUGGACUACAGAGAGCGCCAUCAGCUCCGAAUCCAUCCUCAGCUCCAUGUGCAUGAACGGAGGAGACGAGAAGCCUUUUGCCUGCCCGGUGCCAGGCUGUAAAAAGAGAUACAAGAAUGUGAACGGGAUCAAGUAUCACGCCAAGAACGGCCACCGAACCCAGAUAAGGGUGCGCAAGCCCUUCAAGUGCCGGUGUGGGAAGAGCUACAAGACAUCUCAGGGUCUCCGCCACCACACCAUCAACUUCCACCCGCCCGUCUCCACUGACAUCAUGCGUAAGAUGCAGCAGUAGAGGCUCACCCAGGGACCAGCAGUCUCUCCUUCAGGCCAUUCCCCAGCACCAUCAUCACCAGCAGCGGCUGUUUCUUACUCCACGUCAUUCCUCUCGUCCUCAAACCCCCUACCCCCCCAUCUCUGGCAAUCGCUCUCUUAUAUGACACUAUUUUUGAUUGCAUGGAGUAAAUGUAUUAUUAUUGUUAUUCAUCCUUAUUUUGUAUUCAGUAUAUUCAAUCCUUAAGUAGUUCAGUUUUGUAUUUUGCACAUUUACGCUGCCAUUUGUCCAGUUAUUGUUUUUCCAAAUGAUGCUCAUUGAUAAGGAUGUAGGCCAGAGAAUGGCCACGCGACGUCACAAGUAGCCUUGCAUGUGCAGUAGAUGGCGUCGGCCUUUAAAGGCAGCGCGACGUUACAAGGAACCAAGGAAAGAUGGAAACGUGUUUGUGGAGAGAUGAGGCGCCGUUUCUUUGCCUCGGUCUCGUACGAGCCAAAAAAAUGUGACAGAGGCAAUUGAGAAAAAUCAGGAUGUGGGUAGUGUCACAACAUUUGUACGUUUCAUUCUCCAUCAGGUUUGCUGUUAAUAAUCAGUUGUUGGGUUCAGUCCCCUUCUUUUCAUAUCACAAGUAUUACAAGCCUUAUUUUCUCAUCCGUUUUUACUGCAAACACUUGUGUGAGCAACAGAGGAUGAUCUCAGGUGACGUUUGAAAGCAUUUCAGCACCACAGUCCUGCCCAAGUGUUCUCAUAGUAUUUAUGCGGUUUGAUGGGAUCAUGAGAACUCAGCGUGUCGUUGUUCCUGAAGCUCUUAUUCACCUUCCUUAAAGAUGAAAGCAGUCGUCCUCGCUGUUUUACCGUGAGGGAUUCAAGCACUUUUUGUAACAGGUUGCCAACAAAUUAGCAUUUUCUUUCCCCAAUCUCUCGUUUCUGGUGUGUGUUCAGUCGAGAUGGAAACGAGGCGAAACGCCUUCGGAGCUGAGGAGCAACGUCUACAUUGCUCAUUUGUGAAUAAUGAGCCACUAGGUAACAUCGUCACUGCAUGGAUGUUAGUGUUAAGGAACUGUUGUGACAGUAUUGUACUGCCAGUAUGGAGGAAAGUCUUUGAUAUAGUGUACAGUGAAUGUAUUGUCAUGUGUUAAGUGCAUUAAAUUAUAUUUUCAUAUGUUUCUGGAGUUAAGAAAAAAAAUCCCAAUCAUAUAUAACUUGUAUGAAAAGGCAAAACCAGAGAAACUGAUGGUGAUGUACUGUAUUUCUUCAAAAAGCUGCUUCAUGUAAACUUUUGUUACGUUUAGAAUAAAAGUUCCUCUACUG